AUGGCUCGACCAGCAAAAGAAAACGGUUCGCAAGAAGUGCCCAAAGCCGUGCGCAAGAAUGAUGACGGCCGUCCCAAGAGAAACCUUUCUGCUUACUUCAUCUGGCUUGGUGAAAACCGUGCUCGUCUUGCGGAAACUGUCGAACCUAAGCAGGUUCUCAAGGCAGCCGGUGCUGAAUGGAAGAAACUUGAAGACAAGUCCAAAUGGGAGGAGAAAGCCAAGGCCGAUAAGGAGCGUUACACUCGUGAAAUGGAGGCUUUCAAGGGACCAUCGAGCAAGCCACCGAUGGCGAUUUGGGCCGUGGGAUGGUUGCUCGUUGCUUGUGGGGCCGUUUGGGCCGAGACGGAUAAAAUUCAAAUGCCAGAGGGACUCUAUCCACAGGCUGACAGCUAUGUGUGCACUUUUGUGCCGCUGGAUGCAGAGAAAGAACAUUAUAUCACUGGAUUUGAGCCGAUUGUCGAGAAGAAUUUGGCUCAUCACAUCAUUCUCUUUGGAUGCGAUGAGCCGGGCACUUUUGAGCCGGUUUGGAAUUGCGGUGGAAUGUCGGCUGGAUCCGACAGAAUGGAGAGGGGAUCGGUGUGUCAGUCGAAAGAAAGCAUUCUCUAUGCCUGGGCAAUGGAUGCACCACAAUUGGAGCUGCCAAAAGACGUCGGUUUCAAAGUUGGCGGCGCAUCGGGGAUCAACUAUUUGGUGAUGCAAGUUCACUACAUGCACGCCAAGAAUGAGGAGGAUCGAACUGGACUCACCCUCACGCACACCGAGGAACCAUUGCCGAAAGUUGCGGCAACGAUGCUGCUCGUUACUGCCGGCGCCAUUCAACCAAAGGCCACAGAGAACUUUGAGACAGCUUGCGUGAUCGACGAGCCGGUGGUGUUGCACCCGUUCGCCUAUCGAACACACACGCAUCGACACGGGAAAGAAGUGAGCGGAUGGGUGGUACAAGAGAACUCGCAAGGAAACGAUCGAUGGACAUUGAUCGGACGUCGGGAUCCACAAUUGCCACAAAUGUUUGUCCCGGUGGAAAACAAAACGAUGGAGAUUCGUCAAGGGGAUAUGCUCGCGGCAAGAUGUGUCAUCGAGAACAACGAGGAUCGAGUGAUCGCGAUGGGAGCGACGGGCGAGGACGAGAUGUGCAAUUUCUAUCUCAUGUACUGGACGCUGGGCGAUCGGACGUUAAGCGACAACACUUGCCUCUCACCGGGCGCUCCAAAUUACUACUGGGACACCGAGGCUCUUCUGAACAAUAUCCCGAAA